GACCGGGGAAGACACACACGCGACCCGGAAGGCCUUUCCGCGGCACUCCAAAGCGGGCGUUGAGGGGGGCCGAUGGCGGAGGGAGCGGCAGAAGUCUCAGCACAGAGUGGUGGUGGUGGCGACCCAGGAGCCAUCGAGCCGGAACGGGGAGUGGCGCCCAUCAAACCUCAAUACCUCACCACCAAGGAGCAGUUCCACGAAUUCCUGGAAGCCAAAGGGCAGAAGCCCAGCCAGGAAUCCGAGGCUGUAGACCCUGCUGGCAAUGACCUGACUGAGCCUGAGGCCAAGCGGAUCCGACUGGAGGACGGGCAGGCAGAGGAGGCAGCUGAAACUGGGGAGCAGCUUCAGGCUCAGAAGAGGGCCCGGGGCCAGAACAAGUGCCGGCCUCACGUGAAGCCCACCCACUAUGAUAAGAACAAGCUCUGCCCCUCUCUGGUCCAGGAAUCAGCUGCUAGGUGUUUCUAUGGUGACCGCUGCCGCUUCCUGCAUGACGUGGGCCACUACCUGGAGACCAAGCCUGCUGACCUUGGCCCCAGCUGUGUGCUCUUCGAGACCUUCGGCAGGUGCCCCUAUGGUGUAACCUGCCGCUUUGCCGGGGCCCAUCUGGGGCCCGAGGGCCAGAAUCUGGUGAGGGAGGGGUUGGUCCAGGCGCCGCCCGUCCGCAACGGCCUGGACAAGGCCCUGCAGCAGCAGCUGCGAAAAAGGAAGAUCCACUUCAAGCGUGCAGAGCAGGCUUUGCGCCAGCUGAGCAGGGGCCCGCUGCCAGGCCCCACCUCCGAAGCCACUGUCCCUGAGGGCAGGGAGGCCGAGGGUGCCCCAGGGCAGGAUAACUGUGACAUCCAGCUGGCCCCCCAGGAACCGGACACCGUUGGCCCUCCCAGUGGCCCUUUAAGGACCUGCGGACCCCUGACAGAUGAGGAUGUAGUCAGGUUGAGGCCCCAUGAGAAGCGGCGGCUGGACAUCAGUGGCAAGCUGUACCUGGCCCCACUCACCACGUGUGGCAACCUGCCCUUCCGCCGGAUCUGUAAGCGCUUCGGGGCAGAUGUGACCUGCGGGGAGAUGGCUGUGUGCACUAACCUGCUACAGGGCCAGACGUCCGAGUGGGCCCUGCUCAAACGCCACCCCUGCGAGGAUAUCUUUGGCGUCCAGCUUGAAGGCGCCUUUCCUGACACCAUGACCAAAUGUGCCGAGCUGCUGAACCGCACCAUUGAGGUGGAUUUCGUGGACAUCAAUGUCGGCUGCCCCAUUGAUCUCGUGUUCAAGAAGGGUGGGGGCUGUGCCCUCAUGAACCGCUUGGCCAAGUUCCAGCAGAUCGUCCGCGGCAUGAACCAGGUGCUGGACGUGCCGCUGACUGUGAAGCUGCGCACGGGUGUCCAGGAGCGUGUGAAUCUGGCCCACCGACUGCUGCCCGAUCUGCGGGCCUGGGGGGCGGCUCUGGUCACGCUCCACGGCCGCUCGCGGGAACAGCGCUACACCAAGUUGGCUGACUGGCGGUACAUCGAACAGUGCGUGGCGGCGGCCCGCCCCAUGCCCCUUUUCGGGAAUGGAGACGUCUUGUCCUACGAGGAUGCCAACCGAGCCCUGCAGACCGGUGUCUCAGGGGUCAUGAUCGCACGUGGCGCCCUGCUCAAGCCGUGGCUGUUCACGGAGAUCAAGGAGCAGAGGCACUGGGACAUCUCGUCGUCCGAGCGGCUGGACAUCCUGCGGGACUUCACGCACUACGGCCUGGAGCACUGGGGCUCAGACACGCAGGGCGUGGAGAAGACGCGCCGCUUCCUCCUCGAGUGGCUCUCCUUCCUGUGCAGGUACGUGCCCGUGGGCCUGCUGGAGCGGCUCCCGCAGCGGAUCAACGAGCGGCCACCGUACUACCUGGGCCGUGACUACCUGGAGACGCUCAUGGCCAGCCAGAAGGCAGCCGACUGGAUUCGCAUCAGUGAGAUGCUGCUGGGACCCGUCCCGCCCAACUUCGUCUUCCUGCCCAAGCACAAGGCCAAUGCCUACAAGUAGCCACAGGGGCAGGAGGGGCAUCUGAGUAUCCAGAGGGCUCCCUAAAGCGUGAGAAGACAAUAAAUUUUAUUCUUCUAAAA